UCAGUCCGCAAACGGUAGUCAUUACAAUAAUGUCUGUGCCCAAGCAGCAGUUUUGGUGCUAUUUCAUUCUCUUAGUAUUUUCCAAAGUCGCUAAUGCGAGACAAAUAACUCAUCCGGAUUUUGAGACGGAGACGGUGCGCGAGGUAGCGCUUCUUUCGAAAGCUGCCGCAAUUGCUAAUUUUAUAGAUGCGGAAGCGAAUCCCUGUGAUGAUUUCUAUCGCUACGCCUGUGGUCGUUGGCAGGCUAUAUAUCCGGCACGCGUCUACGAUGGCAAAACUAGUGUCUUUAAUGUUUUAAAUAAAGCCUAUAACCGACGAGUGUUGCACUUGAUGCGCGAUCCUAAAAGCAGCAUAGAAUCCGGUAUGGAGCGCAAAGUGAAAUAUUUUUUUGAGUCUUGCUUGAAUAAUGGGGAAUCAAGGGGAAGUUAUCGGCAAAAAGUACUCUCCCUGGUGGAGGAAUUCGGUGGCAUGCCAGCACUGAAAGGCAAAAACUGGCGAGCGGAUAAAUUCGAUUGGCUGGAAGUUGUGGCGCUCAUACUGCGUAAAUAUGGCAAGCAAAUCAUGAUAGGCACACAUAUAAUUGCCGAUUUGAGUAAUAAUGAAGUGAAUCGCUUGUACCUGGGACAAUUGGAUGAACUGGUGACAGCGCGCGCUAGCGAUCAUUAUGCUGGCUUGGUGGCCGUUAGACGAAGAGAAAUGCAAACAAUGCUCGGCAUGAGCAUGGAAUUGGCCUCCAGGACAGCUAUGGAAAUAGUAGAAUUCGAGCGGCGCCUUGCCGAGGGAAAGUUGGAUGAAAAUAGAGGUUUGGGUAUGGAGGAUAAAGCACAACUGACACUGUUGGAAUCGUUGACGGAUAAUUAUAAGCCCACAUUGAAUUUCACACACUUUGUCAACGUUUGGUUGGGCCACCCGUAUGUGCUGCCCGUCUACGCAUACGUGGAGUCGUACUUGGAUAAUUUACGAAAAGUUGUCGAAGACACGCCGAAGGAGGUUAUAGCCAAUUACAUAAUGUUACAGCUGCUGCGGGAUUUCCGUAUGGAGGACAAAUAUCCCAACUUGUGUGUGGAACGCACCAAACAUUUCUUCGUCAAAUAUUUAGAUCAUCUGGUGUAUCGUCAUUUGACAGCUCAUAAUCAGAAUUUAAAUUCCAAACUGCAGUCGUUAUGGUUGGAAAUAAAAAAAUCAUUCACAGAUAUAUUGAACUCCGAGGACACUGAUUGGAUGACGGUCACAACGCGUGACAAAGCAUUGGAGAAACUCUCGGCCAUGACAAUGGAAAUUAAUUCGUAUGAAACGGAAAAUUUCGAACAACUCUAUGGUGACUUGGUUAUCGUCACCGAUAACUAUUUCGAUAAUGUUGUCAAUACUUUGGAAGUGAACGGCAGAAAUUAUCGUUUGCGUCUCAUGGAACCACCAAAACUAGAUGAAGCCGAUACGCUAUCCUUCACACCUGCCUAUGCGCCCGAAUACAAUAAAGUAAUUAUACCAGUUUCACAUCUGCAGCCACAUUACUUUUGGCACGACGCAUAUCCCCAAACGCUUAUGUACUCCACUGUAGGCUGGAUGUUGGCGCACGAGCUGGCACACGGUUUCGAUUCGAUCGGACGCAAGUACGAUGCCAAGGGCAACUUAAAUAAUUGGUGGGAUCGCAAUUCCACCGAAGAGUUCGUCAAGCGCAAGGAGUGUUUCAAGCAACAGUACAGCGAAUAUCGUUAUAAUGAACGCAAAUUGGCGCGAACAAAUGCGCAAGAUGAAAAUAUCGCUGAUAAUGUGGCUGUGCGUAUUGCGUAUUAUGCUUUCGAGCAAUGGCUGCUACAGCACCAAGAUGAACCGACAUUCCUGAAGCAAGAGUCCUUACCGAACAUGAAUGUGACGCCACAGCAAUUGUUCUUUCUCAGUUUAGCGCAAGUCUGGUGUGCGGAUGUGCAUCGUGGUUGGCGCCAAAAUAUGCUGGCAAUCGAUGUGCAUGCACCACAGGAGGUGCGUGUUAUUGGUAUGUUGUCGAAUUUCGAUGAAUUUGCUAAGGAAUUCAAAUGCAAGGCCCAUGCGCGUAUGAACCCGAGGCGGAAAUGUGUGAUAUAUUGGCCGCUGAGCUGCGAAUCGGACAAAAAAAUGUUACGAAACAAUACAAAACCGAAGUGUCUUCUUGUAAAUUCAGUAAUAUUAUGUAUAUUUUUAUUACAACAGAUUGGUGUCAGUGCCGCGCCGGUGGAGAACACUACCACAGUGCCGAUAGAUGAUUUGACCACAGAGUGGGCCAAACAAAUUUCAAGGCAAGCCAAGGCCGCAGAGAUACAUGUAAUGCUCAAUACGAAAGUGGAACCAUGCGAAGACUUUUAUCAAUAUGCUUGUGGUAAUUGGCAUCGACAUCAUCCCGCCCAACUUUUCAAUCACAUAAUGACCGAUCGUUUUCAGUUGAUCGCCAACGCCUUCGAUCGUCGUGUGUUGCAGGUGCUACGCGAGCCACGCGAUGAUAAUGUGCUCGAUAUGAAGGUGAAAAAUUUCUAUCACGCCUGUGAGUUGGUGAAAACGGACGAUGUACGCUAUAAGGUGGCACUACAGCAUGCCUAUCACGAGUUUGGCAAAUUACCAAUGUUGGAUGGUGAGGACUGGAAGGCGGAGGAGUUCAAUUGGUGGCAAACUGUAGCAGAGAUACAACACAAAUAUGGCAAACCAAUUAUACUCGCUGUGGACAUUAUGGUUGACAUCGUGAACAAUACAGGGAAUAAAGUUUACAUUGGACCACCGGAUUUUUCCGUUUCAAGUGGCACGAAGAUACUGCAGGUGCUGCAGGAGAUAACCACCGUCGAGCAUAUGAAACGUUUAUUUGGCGUGGAGGAGGCAAAAGCUAAAGCGGUAACUAAAGAACUAAUUGACUUCGAGCACGCAUUGGUGCAUGGCGGCACCGAUGCUCGGAAAGGGCUCACACUGCACGAUUUACUGUCACUAAAGUCCGUCGAAGAUUUGAGCGAAACGUAUAACAAAAGUUUGGAUUUACAGCACUUUUUGGAACUAGCUUUGGGCGUUGAUCAGGUGCCAGAGACGGUGUAUUUAUUUGAUGAGAAAUACCUGAGCAGCGUGGUAGAGGUUAUCGCCAAAACGCCACCGCAAGUGGUUGCGAACUAUAUUAUGUGGCAAAUGUUGCAAGCAUACAUCGUCGAUGUGGAGAAGGGCAAUGUGGCCAAGUGGUGCGUCGAGCGUACUAAGAAAUAUUUUGGUAAAUAUGUCGACUACAUGGUAUAUCAGCGCUAUAAGGAUCCAGUUGUGGAGAAAGAGGUUAUCGAUAUCUGGGAGGAAGUGCGUGAAAGUUUUCGUGACGAUUUGCGCGGCAAUAAGCUGGAUUGGAUUGAGAACUCAACACGUACUUAUGCGUUGGAAAAACUAGAUGCCAUGCGCUUGUAUAUUAACUCAUAUGAGGCAGAAAAUUUUACUGCUGAGUAUGCGGAUGUGCAGAUAACACGUAAUAAUUAUGUUGAAAAUGUACAGCAAAUUUUACAAAUGGAAAGUCGCAAGAAACUGCGACGUCAAAAUGGACCCGUCACUCCGUUGGAAGCGCCCGAGGUGUUGACCUUUACGCCAGCCUACAAUAUAGUGGAGAAUACCAUUAAAAUACCCGUGGCGCUACUACAACCACGCCACUUCUGGGGCCCACAUUAUCCACAAGCGCUUAAAUAUGCCACACUCGGUUAUCUCAUUGCUCACGAAAUGAUACAUGGCUUCGAUGAUGAUGGUCGGAACUAUGAUAAGUCGGGCAGUCUGCGCAACUGGUGGGACGCAAAGUCAACAUAUCAAUUUGAAGAGCGUCGUAAAUGCUUCCAAGCGCAAUAUCAUAAUUAUCGUUAUGACGGCCAUCAGUUGCCGAAUGACGUUUCACAAGCGGAAAACAUUGCGGAUAAUGCUGGCGUGAAAUUUGCCUAUAAAGCGUACCAACGCUGGCUGCAUACACAACGCGCCGCCAAUGAAACGGACAUUGAUAGUCGUGAAAGAUUCACUCAACUAAAUUUCAAUAAUGAACAACUAUUCUUUAUCAGUUUCGCACAGUUGUGGUGCGACGAUGUGCAAUCCUUUUUCCGCACCGCACUGGCCGCUGCCGAUUCACAUGCGCCGGGUAUGUAUCGAGUGAUUGGCGCCUUGUCGAAUUUCCAAGAAUUCUCAUGGGUGUUCAAGUGUAGUCAGGACGCGCCAAUGGAUCCAGAAUUUAAAUGCGCAAUUUACUAGGCAGAAGCGCGCGCGCAAACACUGUGGGGAGUUUAGUUAAGAAAAUAAUAUAUAUUUUUGUAUUUUUGGCAAUUAAAAUAAAAAUUGUUGAAAAAUAACUAUUUAUUAGCAGAGCUUAAAA